AUGCACUUGUACUUUGUGCCUUCAUCCUGGCGCAGCGCCCAAAAAACACACACCAAAAAUCAACCCAGCUGUGGCACUCUCCCACGAGGCACUUUCAGGGACGUCCCGGUCACACUGCUUGACGCUCCCGCCGCGGCAUCGACUUUCGUCUUCCACACAGCUGUCGUCCCAUCAUUUCUUUAUCUGUAUCAUUCUUUUUCUGCUCGCCUCAGGCAAAACCAGAAACAACCGCAGCGCACAUACGCAGUAUACGACCCGACGGGAUCUAAUGCGAGACAAACCAACUGGCGAAACAAGCCAUCACCGCCAACCAUAGCCGUUGCGUGUCAAGCCACCGCCUUGUCCGCAUUUUCCUCUCCCCCCCUUUUUCUUCCAGAGUCCGCCUCUGUAUCCGUAUUCUCGCUGCACAAUUGGACGAAUGGAUCAUAUCAUCCCCGGACAAAGGUGUUGUAG